UUUAUUAGUUUGGCUGCUUUCUGAUGUACGAAGAUGGAUGUGAUGAACGAACAAGACAAUAAAAUAAUUCAGAAAAAUUACGUUCGACUUCUCGAGACCWUGGAAGYACAMAACCUUUUGGGCUACCUGUAUCAAGAGGGUGCGUUGAGCGAUCAUGAUAAAGAAAAAAUAUACGCAUUAGGUACCUCCAAAGAAAAGGCUGAAACUUUAUUAGUCAUUAUAAAGAAGAGGAAGGAUGGCUUGAAAAUGCUGAUCAAGGCCCUGAUACUAUCUAGAGUCCAAGGGUUUUUGGGGAAUGAACUACUGGAAAUAGUUACAUGGAGUGAACAAGAGAUGGAGACUUUUAAACUCGAACUUCAGGGCAAGAUCGAUCAUCAGCAGAUGCUUGAAGCGAACGUGGCAGCUUUGAAGCAAGAAAUUAACCAGCUCAAAGAGAAGAAUGCUAACCUCACAGAAAGACUUCAGGAGAAAGACGAGACGAUAAAUGCCCUGAGACAGCAACUGCAAGAGAAAAAUGGGAGAGACGUACCAAAACAAGCCAAAUUUAAACUCCCGCAUUUGUCCAUACAUGUAUAAUGGUAAGCACCCGC